UUAACAGACUGUCUUGGAUAGCAGGAGAAAUGUCUACCAACAUCUCUGUGGACCCGGUGGAUUUAAACACCUCUGACACCAACCAGAUGUGUGACGUCUUUGUCGACCAGAGAGCUGCCUUGAUCAUCUUCCCAAUCUUCUACUCUCUGGUGUUCCUCAUCAGUUUAUGUGGCAACAGCCUUGUCCUGUAUGUGACCUGUCAGAAGAAGCAGAAGUUCAACUCCACGUCUCUUUACCUGGUCAACCUGGCUGUGUCUGAUGCAUUGUUCACAUUGGUACUGCCAGGGAGAGUCACUUACUACAUCAGACAGUUUGACUGGCCCUUUGGGGAUCUGCUCUGCAGGCUGGCUACUAUGUUGUUCUUUUCAAACACAUACUCAGGAAUUGCCUUCAUGACAUGCAUCAGUCUAGACCGGUACUUGGCCAUGGUCCACCCCCACCGGCUACAGUACCUGCGGAGCGUCAAAGUGGUUCGAGGGGUCUGCUGCCUCGUCUGGCUACUGGUGUCUCUGGAAACCGCCCCCCUGCUCUUYCGUACCAUGCUCCAUGACCACAGAGGCCGACGAACCUGCAUGGAGUACUUCACCUUUGAGGAUACUCGCUCCACCCCUUAUCUUCUCCUCCUGGCCUGUACUGUUUCCUUCUGUCUCCCCCUACUGGUCAUCAUUGUGUGUUACACCCGGAUCAAUCUCAAACUGAGUCGCACGGCCAAAGAGAACCCACUGACGGGCCGCUUGGGUCGUAGCCGCAGAGCCAAAAAUAUCAUCCUCCUCAUCCUCCUCACCUUCGUCCUGUGCUUCAGCCCCUACCACCUCAACAUCAUGCAGUUCAUGCUGAGGAAGGUGCUGGGCCAGCCCAAGUGUGACGAGAUGCAGGCAUUCAAGGCUUCCCUACAGGUGACUGUCUCCAUGAUGAACCUUAACUGUUGUCUGGACCCUGUCAUCUACUUCUUUGCCAUUAAGACAUACAAGCAGAGGGUGAUGAGUCUGUUCAAGGGCUACCUUUCGACCCCUGCUCCUUUCUCCAAAACCGCCACAGACAACAGCAGCAGCAACACCUAAACAUCAACACCAGUAGGAAGAGACUGUGGUAGUUCUUUAUUAAACCAGAAAGAAGUUGAGGAAGAUAUUGAAGGUGAUUGCACCUAGUUGAUUUCUGCAUCUAGGGUUUGAUUUGAGGUGUGAUCAUGGGUGUUAUAUUUGUGUAACUGACUGCGAAUUUUGUUUUGCGAUUGUGAGCAAAGAAUUAUCAGGCUAUAACCAUUGUUUGGGUGCUAGACCGUCUAAAGCUUUGUUCACACUGCAGGUCUUAAUACUCAAAUCCGUUUUGUUAAUCAAAUCCAUUUUGGAAUACUGACUGUACAAACAGCAAGUUACAAGUGACCAAAUCGGAUUUGUGUGUGUUCAGACUGUAGUCAUUUGCUUACAUGGUUACGCAAGUUGUCAUUGUAAUGGCGGGUGUAUGUCCAGAUGUUGUGUACUGGUAUUAAGUUAAGGUGACUGACAACAAUGCCUGCCAUGGAAGUCUCCCAGUUGCUUUGAACGUUSAAAAUCAUAGCGUAAGAACACUUUUAAAGCCUCAAAGGAUAAGGUGAUCCAACUUUCAGAACUAGUMAUUUUUGGCUAGCCAAAGCAGUCAACAAGCUUGCUAGGUAGCCGUUUAGCUUGCUAGCACAAAUCACUCAUGUGUUUGUAAGCACUUAUUAACAAGCUACAUAGCUACCACAUGUUGUUGUCAAAUGGUCAACUGAGAAGCC